CUUUAGCCCGGAGACGGGAGCUUGGAAAGGGAAACGGAAGCUUCCUUCCUUUCCACUCACCCUUCCAUUAGUUCUCUCGGCGUCGCAACAUCGAUCUGUUCAUUGCAUUCAGUUACCACCUGUUCCAUUCCAUUGCUGUUUCUCUCAGUCUUGUUCUUCUUUGCAUGUUCACAUAUCACUAAGUAGCCAUAAUAUCAUCAACAUGGCCGAUACCGACACCGUCCGCCGGCGCAAGCCCGAAUCCAAGACACCUCCCACCAACGAGCCCGGUCACGAUACGGCCUCAGCUACCGAAGACUCCGAUGUCGAAGAGAUCAUCCGCCCCGGCUUUCCUCCCCACUCCGAAUCCCGAAAUGGCGGCAAGAAGCAGAAAGCUCCCAAACGCCGAAUCGAAGACGAAGACGAAUCCAACCCCUGGCUCCUCGAUAUCCUCCGUGUCAUUUCCUUCCUCUUCCUGGCCUCUUGCGGUCUCAGCUACCUCAUCUCCAAUGGCGAGUCCUUCUUCUGGGGCAUGUCUCACCCGCCCAACUAUCUCCAGUUAGAAUGGUGGAAGUCUCAACUGCGCGGCCCCAUCUACCUCACCCCGGCCGAACUCGCCGCCUUCGAUGGCACCGAUGAAUCCAAACCCAUUUAUCUCGCAAUCAACGGCACCAUCUACGACGUCUCCGCCAACCGACGCACCUACGGUCCGGGCGGUUCCUACCACGUCUUUGCCGGCGUUGACGCUUCGCGCGCUUACGUCACCGGCUGCUUCGCCGAGGACCGCACCCCCGACCUGCGCGGUGUCGAGGAAAUGUUCCUUCCUCUCGACGACCCUGCCGUGGACAACAAGUACUGGACCCCAGAAGAACUCAAGCAGUUGAAGAGGAAAGAAAUGGAGGAGGCCCUGAAAAAGGUCAACGAUGCCUUGAAGCACUGGGCCAACUUCUUCGGGAAGAGCAAGAAGUACAGAUUCGUGGGCUAUGUCAAGAGAGACAAGGACUGGUUGAAGAAGGAACCAGUGCCCAAGCUGUGUGAGGCGGCGGGGAGGGGCAGGACGCCUAGGUCACCGCCGGAGGAGGAAAAGAAGAAGCACUAGGACAUGACUCCUGAGGAUGGUGGUAUUGGUAUGGAAAACAGAACAAAUUCAUUUCUUAUCCAAUGAACUCUGCGGCAGUGCAGUAUUGAUUCUUUCUCUUGACAGUAACAGGUCGAGCAAAUACUUACCAAGGGAUCAAAGUACAGUUUGAACAGUUUAAACAUCGAACAGAACAAAAUACCAGAGGAUCAUGACACUCGAUUUCAUGCAAAAUCUACCUCUACCCAACCAACAAUGCCACGCUCGCAGCAAUCUAGUGCCCGGCUCUAAACCCCAAAAAAAGAAAGAAAAAAAACAACGUCGCUGACAAACAAACAUGAGCCAGCGCGCCGAAACCGAGAAAGUCAGUUACCCUUCUUAAAACAUCGUACAAUCCAACUCGAGGAUUCCAUCGUCAAUUCAACCUCUCCACCUUGCUCCACUUUCGUGAACUAGAGGAACAAGAAAGCAACAGCACCGCCAGCGACAAGCGCAAACAUGCUCGUAGUUCCAGCAGCAGAGAGAAUACCCGCACCAGCAGUCACUGGCACAGCGGUGGAAGAGCCACUAGGACUCGUCGAGUUGGAUGGGGUGGUUCCGCUGCUUGGCCCGGUAGUGGUGCUGCCAUUGGUAGAACCAGAGCCAGUACCACUGCCAGUGCCCGAGCCUGAGCCCGAGCCAGAAUCACUGCCAGAACCGGAGCCAGAGCCAGAACCGGAGCCAGAACCGGAGCCAGAACCG